CGUUUAGUUUGUGUUACAGAUUUCAGUGCGGAGCCUUUUUUAAAUCUCUUGGAGCGUAAAAAGAAAUCUGUGAGCAAAAACAAAGAGUCCCUGGUGGUGCAGCUCAGUUGGCAACUGAUGACAGCAGACGUGGAUGUUUGGGUGGGGCUUAUGAGCGACGUGGUGUGUUAAAGGGAGUUUACUGAGCUGUUCUGUCACUCAAACACACACAGAGCAGGAAAAAGGACUCGCAGAAGAGCAGGACUCAACAGCCGGACUAGUAUAAACAAAGAAGUGUGUGAGGAAAAAAGCAGAAAAAUGACGAUUGGUAGAAGCACAAGUAAGACCUCAACCCGAAGCUCCAUCCGGGCCCCGAAAUUCCUGGACAAAUCCAGCGGCUUCUAUGGUCGCCUUGAUGAACCCGAGACCACCACAGACGGGGGUGAAAUAAGUGGGGAUAAAGUGGAGAUUGAGGUCAAAGACAGCAGCUCGUCCUCAACCGUGCUUCUCAAUACGUUGACAGAUGAAGACGUGUUUGGCAUGAUUGAGGACGACGGAGAGACUCUCCUGCAAAGGAAAACCAAUCGCCUCAGCAGCAAGUGGAGAAGAAGCUCCAGGAGGAAGCAGAAGGACGAGAGGGACGAAGAGGAGCAAGCCCGAGAUGAAAGGAUCAGACUGGAAGUUCAGGAAGAGAAGAUGCAGGUGGAGCUGGAGAAACUGAGAAAGAUGGAGGAAGAAACGAUGAAGGACCCUAACCUUGUUCACUUCCAAGUCCGGGAGUUUGCAGAUGACCGCGUCCUGAUCCGGGACAAGAAGAGGGGGAGAGAGGAGGAGGAGGAAGAGGCAGAGGAGGAGAGGAAGAUGAAGAAGGAGCAAGAGGAAGGGAUGAAGAUGGUGAAGAGGAACACGGUGAAGAAUUAUCGCAAGGCCUUUGACCGAGCGCUUCGUCGCGGAUGGGAGACCUUCAUCACCAACCUCUACAGCGUCACACUCACGCCCGUGAAGUCCUCCUCGCCUACGUUGACCUCGCCUACGCUGAAGAAGGAGAAUUUGCAUAACUCUGUGCUGGCUGAGUUUCAGUAGAGCUACAGGAGAAAAACAUGGACUUUUUCCAAAUCUAAUAUGAUGAAAUAAGGGCUUUUAUCCUGACAUUUACAGAACCUUAGAUUAGGUCAUUAUUAUUUAUGUUUGUUACUAACUCUUGAUUACUUAAUGCUGCCUUCCUGCUUUGUGUUACACUUCAGUUUGCACACAGACUGCAGCUAUUUGUUUUACAAUCUGGAGGAGCCAAGCUGUGGAUUUUGCAUUGAAGUCCAGCAUUUGUGACUGAGUUCAGCUGCUCCUUUUUGUUUCUACUUUAUUCUAAAGUGAUAACAUCUUCUUUAUCAAAUAUUUAAUCCACGGUCAGGAGCAUGCAGAGGAGCUAAUGUCUUUCCCUUUGGGUUGGCAUGAUGAAACAACUCAUGUUGAUGUGUAACUGUAAAAGGAACUAAAGAUUUCAUAAGUAGCAAUGAAUGAUCAGUGGAGUUUUGUUUUAGGAAUGUCCGCAUUUCUAUUUAUAGCUGUUUGGCAGCUAAUCGGCGAACAGUUGAGGUUAAGGAGUUUGGAAAAACACCCAAAGCCACACAUCCACCUUAGACAUAUUUCUAACUCACAUCACGCUGAAGACAUUUGGAUAACAUCAUUUAUAGAAAAAUAUUUUAAACACGUAUUUACCAGCAUAGAAAUACAUCAGGCACAGCUUUUUUAUUUUUUUUUUGUUCUGAUGACGGUUGUAGAAACCCGAGGGUACAGGCUAUAAAUUGGUCUAGAAGAUAACAACUUGAACAACUGUGUAUUUCUUUUAUGUAUUUUUGCAAAAAAGCACAUUUAUGUCUGUAUUUUAUAUAUUUAUUUCUAACUAAAAUAAAUGAUACAAUUAUAGAAUACAUUAAUAUAUACAGAAUAUAUGUGUAAAUUACACAAAAUGUUUUGUAUAAAAUUAUAUUAUUUUAUGUCAUAUAGAUAUAUUUCUUUGUUAUUUUAGAUUUAUUUUAAUUUUUCAAGGCUAAUACAACCCUAGUAUGCUUCAAUGUGUGUUUAUGGGCUGUUGACAAUUGAUUUUUGAAUAAAUAAACUGCAUUACCAAUAAAUUUGUAAGAACCUG